CAGUUUGGCCGUUCAAUUAUACGACAAUGGCGUUUUAGGGGCCUGAAAAUGCAAACUUUUGUAAACGGGUUUCAAAGUGCAUGUUUUUGAAAUUGAUACCGUUGUCGUCUCCGUGUAAACUACAAAAAUGAGAAUUUGUGAAAACGGUGACGUCAAGCGCAUGUGUAUUACGUGGUCGGUCUAUAGGUGUGUAGUGUUUCUUUACAAAAUGACAUCGCCAACUACUGGCCUGGCAUGCUUAAUACAGCGUUUUUGUGGGGGGUUUUUUUGUUGUUGUUGUUUUCGCAGAUCUGUGUGAGUGGGGAACAUUUUGACAAUGGUGCCGUCUAUACACGAAAAAAAGGAAAAACUUUUCCGUUUAGUACAUCAUUGUCGUGUAAACGCACCCUUAGGCGUUGAUAGUAUUGCCAUAGAAAUGCAUAAUUCCCAGCCCGAGGAUGUGAACAGCUAUGAGUAGAAUGUUAUGGUAAUUACGACAACAUUGAAAUUGACCAAUGUGUGAGUUGGGGGCGGGACUAUCUUUUUGGCUGACCAAUGGGGGUGUGUUUUUGAAAACCUGUGUGAAAACAGUGCUGUAUCUGAAAUCUUACUAUUUGAGUACUAAAUUUGAUGAAAAUAAGUCUUUAAGUAUGCUAGUGUGUUUUAUAAAUACAUUUCUGUACAUGCUAUAUUUGCCAUGUUGGCCUAUGACCUACUAACAACAACCAAUGAAAAUUAUUCUUUACCUCUUUAGUCACAAGACAGUAAAAUUUACUAAAUACCCUACACUCUAAAGGCCAUUCACACCAAGAACGAUAACUGUAACGAUAAUAAUAGUAGCAUCCACACCAAUGAACCAUAACGCUCUGUUUAUGUUAAGUGUGCGCUGUUGUCUUGUCGCCAGCGGCUUUAAAUACUCAAGCUCAUUAAAGCAGGAUGGAUUCUGAUUGGCUGUCAAUGUUUUUAUCAUUCAUCAGCUGGAAAAAAGUCAUUCUGAAAGUGUUUCCAAUGAUGUUGUUUCUCUGUGCCGUUAGCGUUAUAGUUGUGGUGUGGACUCUUUUUACAUAUAGAAUGAUUUUUAGAACUAUAUCUUUAUCAUUAUCAUCAUAGUUAUCGUCCUUGGUGUGAACGGGCAUUAAGAAUGGUGCACAAAAAGUGUACUGAUAAUAUGAAGAAAUUUUCUGUAUUGAUUUUUCAGUUUUUACCUGUAUUUUGAAUUACGCAUUGCAUUGUGUUAACGGAAAUGAACACAAACUUAACAGAAAACUACCAGUACCUUUUCUGUUUUUCUACAGAUUUUUAAUCGGUUACUAUAUAUAUAUUAUAAUGAGUUACUAUUUAUUCUGUUUAUUCAUAGUAACAAUCGGUCAGAGGUCACUCUUCCUCCGCAACUAGACUUGUGUGUGGCCAUUGAUGAAACCAGUUAUUAUACUUUCUAAAGUUUUAAAUAUGGAUAUUUUUCUUACAAAAACCCAUCGCUUCACUUUAGAAGGCCUUUAUUAAACCUCUGGAGCCGUAUGGAUUUCUUUUAUGAUGGAUGGAUGCACUUUUUUGGGCUUCAGAAUCUUGUGCGCCAUUCAUUACCAUUAUAAAGCUUGGAAGAGCCAUGAUAUUUUUUUAAUAUAACUCCGAUUAUGUUCGUCUGAAAGAAGAUAGUUAUAUACACCUAGGAUGGCUUGAGGAGGGGGUGAAAGAGGCACGAGCAGGAAAGGGCCACUUAGGGAAUCAACCGUUUCCUCAGAGUAAUUGAAGCCAGAGCCGCUGUUGUGAUCCAACAACCUAAAAUUGUGAUGGAAUUUGUGUUUCAGCAAUUCUAAAUCUGCCUGUGGAUUUGUUGAGAGAACUUAAAAUGGCUGGUGAGAAAAACUCUGCGUCAUGUUACUUGGAUGAAAGGACCUUCCGGCUUUGCUGUCAGCUCUUUCUCCAACACUCUGAGACCAUCCAGGAUGGCUGGAGCUGGGAGCAGAUCAAGGGCACUAAUGAAGGAUUCAUGAAGAAGACUGUUCUCACCUCUGUAAAAUCAAGCCUGUUGCACAAACAACAUGGGUGUUUCAUGCAGGCUGAAAACAUGGAACUUCUGACAGAUGACAUUCAGGCAAACGUUGAGGAUGAAACGGCUGGAGUUCAGGCAGUAUGUGAAAUUCAUGCUGCGCUGCGCUAUGAAUACCACGUUCUGUAUUCUUGCAGCUAUCAGAUCCCCGUCCUCUAUUUCAGAGCCUCAACGUUAGAUGGGAAUCCCCUCUCUCUUGAGGAGGUGUGGAGCAAUGUUCAUCCAAACUAUAGACAGAGACUACAGCAGGGACCCUGGGACACGCUGACCCAACAGGAACAUCCUUUACUGGGCCAACCGUUUUUCAUGCUUCAUCCAUGUCGCACUGAGGAGUUUAUGAAACCUGCUCUGGAUUUGGCACAAGCUGAAAACAAAAGGGUGAACUAUAUCGUGACCUGGCUCAGUGUUGUUGGCCCUGUCGUUGGACUGGACGUCCCAUUGAGCUACUGCACUGAGGUGUCCGCUCCAGACUGAAGCUCCAUUGGUACCAACCUGCUCUGCUCUUCCUGUCUGUCUCAGACUCCACUGACCCAGAGGAUGUGAAGAGGACACCUGUGACCCAGCUGAGGGUCUCAAAGGUCCCAAAGAGGGUUCAAAAGACUUGUUAGCAAUGCUUGAACAUUCAAGACACCAAGUCUUUCAGAGCAUUCCUGAGCUAGCCUGUGAAAUUAAUGUAUUAAUAAAUUGUACUAAAAUAAUUUAUUCAUGCGCUACCAUUAAAAAUCUUUGAGUUCAGUAAGACUUUUUUUUAAAAAAGUAAAACAUUUAUUUAUCAAUUUAUUGAUCAGAAGUGUCAGUAAAUACAUUUAUAAUGUUACAAAAGAUUUCUGUUUCAAAUAAAUACUGUUCUUUUGAACUUUGAUUCAUCAAAGAAUUAUUAAAAAAUAUGGUUUUUCAUCAUGGUUUCCACAGAAAUAUUAAGCAACAUUCAACAUUGAUAAUAAUCAGAAAUGUUUCUUGAGCAUCAAAUCAGCAUAUAAGAAUGAUUUCUGAAGGAUCAUGUGACACUGAAGUAAUGAUGCUGAAAAUUCAGCUUUGAUCACAGGAAUAAAUUACAUUUUAAAAUAUAUUCAAAUAGAAAACAGUUGAUUUAAAUGUUAAUCAUAUUUCACAAUAUUACUGUUUUUUACUGUAUUUUUGAUCAAAUAAAUGCAGCCUUGGUGAGCAUAAGUUUUAAAAUAUUAAUAAUAUUUCACAUUUUUUAUUGUAUUUUUGAUGAAGUAAAUGCAGCCUUGGUGAAGUUCAAAAUAAGUUCUUCUUUCAAAAUCUUACUGACUCAAAUUUUUUAAUAGUAUUGUUUACAAAAUGAAUGGUGCUUUAAUUAAUUUUUUUCAUUACCAACCAUAAAAUGUCCAUAUUAAAUGACGGGUAUGACUGAAAUGCAGUUGCUCAGUUGAUGCAUGUAGCAACCUGCAUUCUGCAGUCUUUUACAGCACCUUUUGUUCAGGAUAUGUAUGUGACAAUAUCAUCAAAUUAAAAGGCAAACCAUA